AUGUACGCACGCCGACGGUUCGCGUCGAUCCUCUGCAGUCGCGUCCACUCUUCGCCCCGUCUGUCGUCGCGACUCCCUCCGGCUCCCGCAGCUUCCAGUCUAUCCACCACAUGCUCUGCAUCAGACGCUCUCGACGAGCGCAUUAUCUCGUUGCUAGUCGUAAAUCGACCCGGCACCUUGGCCCACAUCGCCAAGGUCUUUGCGUACGCGGAGAAGAACAUCACGAGUCUCUGCGUCCGCUCGACGGUCGUGCCCGAGCUCUCGCGCGUCACGAUCGCGUGUUUCCUGCACGACAACGAGCUGCCUGCGCUCAAGGCGCGACUGGGCGCUCUCGUGACCGUCACGUUUUUCCACGUGACCUCCGUCCCCUUUUGUGUUUCCAACCACCAGCUGUUGUUACGGUCUCAGCUACUGCUACAGAUUCGACGGACAUCACGGCACCAGUGCCAGCUGCAGAAAGUGCUGCACGCGUUCCACGCUGAACUGAUUGUUCCAGAGGACGAACCGGAUGCAGAAAAGGACGAAUCGCUCCUGGCCAUGGAUUACGAUAAUGAUGAUGAUGAUGAUGACGAGGAGGAGCAAGAUGGUAAUCAUGAUGGAGAUCAUGAGGAGAUCAAUGAUGGCAGGGCGGAAGCUUUGACGACGCAGUUUUUGGCUCUUGUGGAUGAGCCGGAACGACUGACGCUGUUCAUCGAGACGCUACUGGACAACGGGUUCGAGAUCCUCGAGACGCAGACGUGUGGUCCGCUGUUUCUCGAUACGUCGCACUCGACGUUGGAUCCAGAAAGCGUGACUUCGUUCCGACGUAAAGUCGCUCUGGAAGUGGAAAAGCUGCUGUCGGAUGCAGCGACGAAUGGAGACGCGACGUCGAGAGGCUUUGCAACGACAGGGCGAAUGGUUCAAGCUGGGAGAGGUAAUGGAAGCGAAGACACUGCGCUGAUGCUUCGACGUUCGAACGGGGAUUAUAACGACAUUGAAGUGGAGAGUGGCGCCGAAGCAGAUCUAUCAGUAGAUGCCGGUGUCAUGACUCCCGUGCUGCCUACUACGUCAACGUUCCAGCUACACACAAAUGAACGGGGCUGCUUCACUGCGAACCGGUUGGAACUGCAUGCUCGUAUUGCACAGCAGCUGUACGCUUCUGUGCCGCAGGACGUGGCUGUUCCCAAAUUCGUGCUGUUGUUGGGGAUCCCCGGCGCGGGCAAGUCGACCAUGCUGAGCCAUCUGGACCUUGUAGGCCAGCUCACACUGCAAGAUUAUGCAAACUUUGACAUUGACGAUGUCAUUGCGCUGUUGCCAGAGUUCUACCACGCGAUGCUGAACGUGGGUCUGGGCAAUGACCCAGCAAGUCGCAGUGUGACCAACGUGGAUGCUGCUAAAGUGCACUCAAAGAGAGUUGCGAAACUGUUACCAAAGCCGCAGACACGAUACCAGCUUUGCCGAGACGAGGCCCGCUUCAUUAUCAAGAAGAACCUCGACAGCGCUAUCAUGUCACGCAAGAACAUUAUUCUUCAUGGUAGUGGCAAGAGUUUCACCAGUUAUGCUCACACGAUUGAUCAAGUGAAAGCAGCAGGUUAUGAGGUCCACGUGUUGUGUCUAGAUAUUCCAACAGCAGAAGCUUACAAGCGGGUGGAUAGACGCAGUAGAGGCUAUGGGCGUGACGUGCCUCGACUUGUGAUUGACACAGCGUCGUCUUUGAUCACGCGCAAUUUCCGUCGACUAGCGGAUCGUGUGCCAAACGCCCAUCUCUUUGACAGUAUGGAGAUUCCACCUCGACUCGUAUGGAGCAAGCAGCAGUCGGAGACUGUUACUGAACAUCCAGACGAUGAUGUGCAGCGAAAGUAUGGCAUCAAGUAG